GCCAUGGGUUGGGUAACGUUCCUGCAGCUGUGCGUCUCCUGGUCUCUCCUAUGUGGACUCUGCACCGCAGGACCACAGGGCACGGAAUUCGUUACCGCAUUUAUGCAGAACUAUCAGACUACUUACAGCGUGGCCAACUUUCAGCUGAUAAUUACUGGGUAUUCUGCUUCCACCACGGUCACAAUAAAGAUGAACAGUUUCCAAAAAGUUGUCAAUGUGGAAGAACGUUCCACUAUCACAGUUCAAAUCCCUGCCAAUGCAGAACUACCAGGAACCAGUAAGACCAACAAUGUGGUCUAUAUCCAGGCUAACAAGGACAUCUCAGUGUUGACACUAAAUGAUAAAUAUCAAAGUUCUGAUACUAGCGUUAUUUUUCCUAUAAGUGACCUUGGAACAGAUUACUACAUUGUUACUCCUCUGGGAGGUCCUCCUGAUGGUCUCAAAGAAUUUGCUGUAAUCAGUGCUGGAACUCCUACUACUGUGGACAUUUACCUCAAAGGUUCUGUGACCUAUGAUAGAAAAGUGUAUGCAGCCGGAAGCAAGCUUACGGUUACACUUGAAGCUUAUAGUGUUCUUCAACUUCUUAGCCGUGAUGAUCUUUCUGGAAGCCGGGUGGUAUCUCAGAAACCAGUGGCUGUUCUCAGUGGUCACACAUGUACAUGGCAAAAUACCAAGUGCAACCAUGUAUAUGAACAUCUUCUUCCAGUUCCAAGCUGGGGAACCACUUUCAUUGUACCACCUGUUUACUUUCAAACAAAGUCUGAUAUUGCCGUUGUGAUAGCUUCUAAGGUCACAAAGAUUGAUUAUCAAAUUGCUUCAGAAAAAUUCUCUACUAACUUAGCUGAAGGACAAGUUAUUCGUUUAGAUAUCCCUCCAAAAACACCUCUCUACAUAACUGCAAGUGCAGGAAUUCAGGUUAUUUAUUAUCUAACAGGCUGGCAAGACCGAACUGGAAUCCAGUAUGAUCCUACGCUGAUCAGCAUCCCUUCAGUUGACAAUUAUUGCUCUUCCUACUACAUUUUUGGUCAACAAGAUUUUGAUAACUAUGGAACAGUAGUUGCAAAAACUGCAGAUGUUGCUAAAUUGACAGCCAACAAAGUCUCCCUUACUGAUCUGACAUGGACAAAUAUUCUUGGCACUGAAUACUCGUGGACAACAAAAAAAUUAGCCAGGACAUUUGGUUUUCUUUUUAUGGAGAACCCUUCUUCACCUUUUCUUCUUCUGUCAUAUGGUAUCACCAAACUGAAUACUUAUGGAUCACCAGCGAUAUGCAUUGGUGCUAGCUCAGGUCCAUCCUGCAGCACUGUAAAAUGCCGAGCAAAAGAGAAGUGCAAGAUGGACAAUGGAAAACCAGUAUGCAUUCCAGAAUAUGAAACCUACUGCCAUGCAGUCGGUGACCCCCAUUACCGUACCUUUGAUGGUCGCUUCUAUGACUUCCAGGGCACCUGCAGCUACACCAUCGCCAAGAAUUGUGGUAGUGACAAUAGCCUAAAAUCUUUCAACGUUGUGGCCAAGAAUGAGAACAGAGGAAGCACACGAGUUGCAUAUGUUAGCUAUGUCACUGUUGAAGUGUAUGGCUUUAGUAUAUCCUUAGUGAGAUACGAAAAUGGAUUUGUCAGGGUAAACAACCAACGUCAGCGUCUCCCAAUGAGUCUUAAUGAUGGCCAGGUCCGCCUUUAUCAGUCUGGGGGAUCUGUGGUGAUUGAAACAGAUUUCACACUGAAAGUCUACUAUGAUUGGAACUCCAUCUUAAAAGUGUACCUCUCCAGCAGCUACUUCGGAAGUGUUUGUGGACUGUGCGGUAAUUUCAAUGGAAAUCCUGGUGAUGACUUGACAACACCUGAAGGUACUAUAGCACCUAAUUUAGUGGAUUUUGGUAAGAGCUGGAAAGUGGAAGAUGGAGACAGAUUUUGUUGGCACAAUUGUAAUGGAGAGUGCAAGACCUGCCCUCUGGAGACACAAAAAAAAUAUGAGGGUGAAGGCAACUGUGGACUUAUCAACAAGGCAGAUGGACCCUUCCGUCAGUGUCAUGCAGUCCUUGAUCCCAAAAACUACCUGGACAACUGUGUAUAUGACUUGUGUAUGAAUGGAGGGUCCAAACAGAUUUUAUGCCAGAGCCUAAAAACCUAUGCUGAAGCUUGUCAGAAAAACAACGUUCAAAUUGCAGAAUGGAGAUCACUGUCUGGAUGCCCACUGCAAUGCCCAGCAAACAGUCAGUACAAGCUCUGUGGUGGAGCUUGCCCUAAAACCUGCAAUGACGAUGCUACACCAACUAAAUGCUCUGAUACCUGUGUGGAAACAUGUGAGUGUAAGGAAGGAUACGUGUUGGAUGAAGGUAAAUGUAUUUCAAGUGUCAGCUGUGGCUGCAUUUUUGAGGGUAAACUUUAUGCAGCCAAUGAAAAGUUCUGGGGAGACAAAAAGUGUGAGAAGCAAUGUGUCUGUAACCCUAGCACCAGAAAAGUUGAAUGCAAGGCAACAAAAUGUAAGUCUUCUGAGAAGUGCAAUGUAGUCAAUGGCAUUCAGAACUGCUACCCUUUGACCUAUGGCAGUUGCUCAGCCUCUGGAGAUCCCCAUUAUAUCACGUUUGAUGGAACGAGGUAUGAUUUCCAGGGAACAUGCAUCUAUCAGUUUGUGGGAGUUUGCAAGAAGUCAGAUGAUCUGGUGGACUUCAGUGUCAAUGUCCAGAAUGACAACAGAGGAAGCAAAGUUGUGUCUUACGUCACUGCCGUGCAGGUGAAUAUUUGUGACUUUGACAUUGUCAUCGACAGACGGUACAAGGACAAGAUUCUGCUAAAUGGAGUGUUAACAAACCUCCCAUAUAUAGUUGAUAAUGGCAAACUGUCCAUCUAUAAAGAGGGCUUCCACGGCAUUGUCCAGACAAGCUUUGGGCUGAGAAUCUCAUUCAAUUGGGAAAGUCAUAUUGCUGUAAAGGUUCCUAGCACGUACGCUGGGGCACUCUGUGGUCUUUGUGGCAAUUUUGAUGGUAAUGCAAAUAAUGACUUAACAAUGAAGAAUAAUCAAAUUACGAAUAAGCCUUUACUUUUUGGCAAUAGCUGGAAAGUAAAAAAUGUUCCUGGGUGUUAUGAAGAAGACAAAGGAGACUGCUCCAAACUUGCAGAAUUAGAACUACGUCACACCAACAAUAAAGAAGGGUGUGGUAUACUUAAAGACAGAAGUGGACCUUUCCGUGAAUGCCAAGCUAAGGUAGACCCUCAAGGCUACUUCAAGAGUUGUGUAUAUGAUGCUUGCUUUUAUGAAGGUCGUCAGGAUGUUCUGUGCAAAAUCAUAGCCAGCUAUGCCACAGCCUGUCAACAAGCCGGGGCUGUCAUAUAUCCAUGGAGAUCUGCCAAGUUCUGCAGUCCCGUCUGCCCUAAGAACAGUCACUAUGACACUUGUGCUUCAGGGUGCAGUCCAACCUGUCUCACCCUUGCUCCUCCAUUGGGAUGUAACCCUACAUGCUCGGAAGGCUGCGUCUGUGAUGAUGGCUUUAUACUGAGUGGUGGAGACUGUGUCCCGAUCGCUCAGUGUGGAUGCAAUUAUAACAACAGAUACUAUAAAUCUGGUGAAAUCUUUUACCCCAAUGGAUUGUGCAAUCAGCAGUGUACCUGUACUGCUAGUGGUGUAGUAGAUUGCAAGGCGUUCUCUUGUGGUGCCAAUGAGGAAUGCAAAGUGGUUGAUGGAGUCCAGAAAUGCCAACCUAUAGGAUCAGCCCAAUGUUCUGCAGCUGGUGACCCUCAUUAUGUGUCUUUUGAUGGUCUUUACUUUGAUUUCCAAGGCACCUGCACCUAUACACUGUCCAAGACUGUCACAAGCAAUGCCAAUCUGGUUCCCUUUGCAAUUAAUGUGAAAAAUGAGAAGUGGGGUGAUGGACGAGUGGCAGUUACCAAACUGGUGGCUUUUGAGGUCUAUGGCUACAACCUUGUUCUACUCUAUGAUAACCGUGGCAGAGUGCUGGUCGAUGGAGUGCUCAAUAACCUACCAUUAACCUUGGAAGGUGGCAAGAUCCGAGUUUUCCAACAUGGUCUGAGAGCCAUCAUUGAAACAGAUUUUGGUGUCCAAGUUAGCUAUGAUCUAGUUUAUCAUGUAAUUGUCACUGUUCCAGGAAACUACAAAGGACAAUUGGGAGGUCUGUGUGGAAAUUACAAUGGUGAUCGAAGAGACGAGUUCCAACAACCUGAUAAGGCAUUGGCUCCUGAUGCCACCUCUUUUGGGGCCACCUGGAAAGUUCAGAUCCCUGGUGUUAAUUGUGACCAUGGCUGUGGAGCAGCUGGAAAUCCAUGCCCCGUCUGUGAUAGCAGGAAAAAGGAAAUCUUCCAAACCGAUAACUAUUGUGGCUUCCUAAAAAAACCUGAUGGUCCACUGAGUGCUUGUUAUGGAACUGUUAAUCCUGAUAACUAUUUCAACAGCUGCCUCUUUGACCUGUGUGCUGGCCAGGGAGAUAGCAAAAUUUUAUGCCACAGUAUUCAGAGUUAUGUUGCCGCCUGUCAAGCAGCUGGGGUCACUGUCCAACCAUGGAGAACUGACGCCUUCUGUCCUCUGACAUGCCCAGCAAACAGCAAGUACAAGGUUUGCGCCGAUGUCUGCUCUAUUACAUGUGCCGGCAUCACUGACCCUGCCAAGUGCCCAGAAACCUGUGCCGAGGGCUGUGAGUGCAAUGAUGGAUUCUUUUUCGAUGGGCAAGGUUGUGUGUCUAUGGACAAGUGUGGCUGCUUCGAAAACGGCAAAUACUAUCAGCCCAAUGAAGAGGUGCUAUCCAAUGACUGCAAAGAGAUCUGCUCCUGUAGUCCAGUAGGUGGUCUGGACUGCAAGCAAACUGGCUGUGCAGCUGAUGAAACAUGCCAGAUUAAAGAUGGAAAUGUUAAAUGUAUCAACAAAGAUCCAUGCAAAUCUGUAACAUGUAGAGUCAAGGAAACGUGCAAGAUUCAAGAUGGAAACCCAGUCUGUGUACCCAACUAUAUUGGCACAUGUUGGGGAUGGGGUGACCCCCAUUAUCACACAUUCGACGGUUAUAACUAUGACUUCCAGGGUACCUGUACGUAUGUCUUGUCCAAGUACAUUGGGAAUGAUCCCACUCUUGUGCCAUUUACAAUCGAGGAGAAGAAUGAUAACCGGGGAAGCCAAGCUGUGUCUUUUGUCAGAACGGUUUCUAUUUACACAUAUGGAUAUAAGGUUUCAAUCCUGAAGGGUGAAUCUGGUAAAGUCAGGGUAAAUGAUGUCUUGACUAAUCUUCCUGUGACACUGCUUGAUGGGAAGAUCACCAUUAGCAUGAGUGGAUUCAAUGCUGUACUACGCACAGAUUUCGGUCUGCAAGUAACCUAUGAAUAUAAUUGGCAUGUUGUGGUCACCCUGCCCAGCAGCUAUUACGGGGCCACCGGUGGUCUGUGCGGUAACUUCAAUCAGAAUAUCGGAGAUGAGUUAGUUGGCAUCGAUAAUAAGCCAGUGACUUCAGUCAUAGACUGGGCCAAGAGCUGGAAAGUCAAUGACAGGGAUCCAUUCUGCUGGGAUGUCUGUCGUGGAGUCUGCCCGACUUGUGAUGACAGCAAAAAGAACCUGUAUGGAAACAAUGAUUUCUGUGGUCUCAUCAGUAAACCUGUAGAUGGUCCCUUCCGGGAAUGUCACGCCAAAGUUAAUCCAGAUAGCUUCUUCGACAACUGUCUCUAUGACGUCUGCAUUCAGGGUGGAGCCAAACAAUUCCUGUGUCAAGCUCUUAAUGCCUACGCCAACACAUGCAGGAAGCAAGGGGUUAAAAUCUAUGACUGGAGGACACCUUCUGGUUGUGCCCAGCCCUGUCCAGCAAACAGCCACUAUGAAUUCUGUGGAAAUGCCUGUCCAGCAAGUUGUACUGAUAGAACGGCCCCAGCUCGAUGCACUGAUGAUUGCGUGGAGACUUGCCAAUGUAACGAUGGCUUUAUCCUCAGUGCUGAUAAAUGUGUUCCGGUUGCAAGUUGUGGUUGUAACUACAAUGGUGCCUAUUACCAGCCUAACCAGGAAUUCUGGUCUGAUGACAACUGCCGUGUACUUUGCAAAUGUGACCCAACUCUGGGAAUGGUGACUUGUAAAGAAACAAGUUGUAAAGCAAGUGAGAGGUGCAUGGUGGUGAAUGGAGUCCGUGGAUGCCAGCCCAUUAGCUACUCAACAUGUUCUGCUUCUGGUGAUCCUCACUACACAACAUUCGAUGGCAAGAGAUUUGACUUUAUGGGUACCUGUGUAUACCAACUAGUAGGAGUUACGUCUAGCGAUGCAUCUCUUACCCGUUUUACAGUCAACGUUCAGAAUAACAACCGUGGAAACAAAGCGGUGUCUUACACUAAAGUUGUAUCUGUUGAUGUCUAUGGUAUGACAUUAACCCUUAGCCUGGACUACCCACGUCGUAUUUUGAUUGAUGGCAUUGUAACUGCCUUACCAUUCUAUUAUCAAAACAACAAAAUUGCUGCUUACAUCAGUGGCAGCCAAGGCAUCAUAAAAACUGAUUUUGAUGUGACCGUCACCUUUGACUGGAGCAGCUACGUCACGGUUACUGUACCAAGCACCUAUUCCAAUGCAGUUGGUGGUUUGUGUGGCAACAAUAACAAGAAUCCCAGUGACGAUUUCACCAUGAAGACUGGAGGAGCGGCAGGCACUGCUGUACAGUUUGGUAAUAGCUGGAAAGUGGCUGAAGUUCAAGGGUGCAGCCCAGAAUGUACUGGGACCUGUCCGCUGUGCACAGAAGCUCAGAAACAAGCAUACAAGGCUGAAAAAUACUGCGGGAUCCUCACCAAGACCAAUGGGCCUUUUAAGGAAUGUCGCUCAGUCGUUGAUCCAACACCUUAUUUCAACGACUGUGUGUUCGAUGCAUGCCAAUACCAAGGUCACUCGUCCUCAUUCUGUACCGCUAUAGGCUUCUACGUAUCUGCUUGCCAAGAUGCUGGCGUCCAGAUCCAAGAAUGGAGAUCAGAUGCCUUCUGUCCACCAUCCUGCCCAAUUAACACUCACUAUGAAUUGUGUGGAGAUAGCUGUCCCGUUACCUGUCAUGGUCUAGCUGCCCCUACCGGCUGUCGGUCAUCUUGCAAAGAAGGCUGUUACUGCAAUAAUGGCUUCAUGAUGAGCGGUCACAAGUGUGUUCCCCUUGCCCAGUGUGGUUGUGUCUACCAGGGCAAAUAUUACCAGAAGAAUGAAGUCUUCUUUGCUGAAGGCCAGUGCAAUCAGAGAUGUCAGUGUGGGGAGAAUGGGAUUGUCAAAUGCCAGGCUGAAACAUGUAAACCUGAAGAGGAAUGCACAGUUGUCAAUGGAGUGCGUGGCUGCCAUGCAAAGGAUUGUGGGCGCUGUGUUGCUAAUGGAGACCCUCACUACAUUUCUUUUGAUGGCCUCACUUUUGACUUUCAAGGCACAUGCACCUACAUCCUCUCAAAGGUGGUGGCAGAUGAUCCCCGACUGGAGAAAUUCUCUGUGGUGGUGGAGAAUGAAAGCUAUGGCAAUGGCCAAGUUGCGGUGACAAGACUGGUUGUAGUGUAUGUGUAUGGCUACUCGGUGGCAAUCGAAAGAGGAAUGAAAUGGAAAGUAAAAGUUGAUGGAGAGAUACAGACAUUGCCAUUAAUUAUUGGUGAUGGAGACAUCUCAGUGAAUCAGGAAGGAAGCAAUAUUGUCUUACAGACUGACUUUGGAAUAAAAGUUCUUUAUGACACAGUUUACCAUGUCAUCUUAAGUAUUCCUGGAACAUACCGUGGCAAACUGGGAGGCCUUUGUGGCAACUUCAAUGAUGACAAAACAGAUGACUACCAGCUCCCCAGUUCCCAGGUUGUGAGAAAUGUCAAUGAAUUUGGAGCAGCCUGGAAAGUGAGCAUUGCUGGUGCCAAGUGCAGUGAUGGUUGCACAGAUCAGUGUGCUGUGUGCGAUGCAACCAAACUCCAACCAUACAAGGCAACAACCUCUUGUGGCAUGAUCACUGACCCAGCUGGGCCUUUCAAAGCGUGUCACUCCAAGAUCAGCCCCGUGGAAUACUUUAACCACUGUGCUUAUGAUGCCUGUGCAGUCAACGGAAAUGACGGUGUCGUUUGCAAGAGCAUACAAUCCUACGCAGCGGCAUGUCACACUGUUGGCGUUGCCAUUGGCACUUGGAGAUCACCUACCUUCUGUCCUUUCUCCUGCCAGGCCAAUAGUCAUUAUGAGCUUUGCACACGUACAUGUGAAGGUACCUGCUCUGGCAUCUCAUCGCAGACAACCUGCACGACUCGUUGCUUUGAGGGCUGUGAGUGCAACGCCGGCUACACCUUCGAUGGAGAGAACUGCGUCACUAUGGACAAAUGUGGAUGCACCUUUAAUGGAAGAUACCUCAGUGACGGAGAAUCCUUUGUAACUGUGGAUUGCAGCCAAAGAUGUAAAUGCAGCGCUGGAGGUGUGGUCUGUCAGGCUAUAUCAUGCAACGCGAAUGAACGCUGUGGUCUAAGAAAUGGAAUUCGAGGUUGUUUCUUGGUGGAAGGAGAAUGUACUCUAAACCCACAGAAGUUUGUCACGUUUGAUGGUCUUUCAGGAGGACCUGUAGGAACUGGUCCAUUUGAAGUGGUCUCUCUAUGCAAAGCAGCUGAAGAUCAGCAGAUCAGGGUCAUUGCUGAUAUUCAGAACUGUGGAAGAGCAGGGACAUCCGUAUCUAGGCUUCACAUCUUCCAUCGCGGUGGCUUAGUUACAAUCUCCAAAGACAAGGAGAUUUGGGUCAAUGGACGCUCUGUAAGCUUGCCGGUUCAGCUUACUGGAAUCCUUAGUGCGACCAGAAAGGACAACUCUGUUUUCAUUGCGAUUGGCUCAACCGUGAAGAUUGAUUUCAGCGACACUGGAAACCUGAGCGUGCGCGUGUCUGAGGAACUGUCUGAGCGUGUAUGUGGAGCGUGCGGAAACUUCAAUGGAAACAAAGCUGACGACCUUCUUACUCCUGCAGGGAAGUCGGCUGCCAACAUAGUGCAGCUCAUAACAUCAUGGACUGCUCAGGAUUUCUACAGCUGUAAUGCGUAAAAGAAACGACAAAGAACGCACACGAUAAAAGUAAAUUUAAAGACAUAACUACAAGUUACAAUUUAAAGCAACAAUCACUGAAACUGAAGAUACUGGCUGAUCGAAUGGCAAUAACCUCUCCAAUGUCCAAAAGGAAAAGCCCAUAUGUUUAUCACAUCACUCUUUCUGUGUUCACUUAUGGGUUAUUGUAAUGUAUUCUGUAUUGCCAGAGUGCCUGGCUAAAAUAUAAUGGCCAUCAUCUGGUUUAAUCAUCUCAUAACCCACAGAUCUGAUCACUGCCAUGUUAAGG